UUUAUUAUUACUCUCCGUACCGUUAUUCAUAUUUGUAACCCUACUCUUUACCUCAAUUCCUCCUUUGUCCCCCACUCCCAUUCAUAUCUCAAGUCGCUUCUUUGGCUCUCGACCCAGUUCUGAUUUGUUUUCCGAUUAGUUGGUGUUCGAAAUAUACAUGGAUUCCACUGGCGGUCAAAGUCUCUACCCGUUGCAUCGUUGCAAGACUCUUCACCUGGUAAGGCAUGCCCAAGGGAUUCACAACGUGGCAGGGGAGAAAAAUCAUGAUGCAUACUCAUCGUAUGGUUUUUUUGAUGCAAAACUAUCUCCUCUUGGCUGGAAGCAGGUUCAUAAUCUGCGCAAGCAUGUUCAAGCAUGUGGGAUUUCCAAAAGCAUUGAACUAGUCAUUGUUUCCCCAUUGUUAAGGACCAUGCAAACAGCAGUUGGAGCCUUUGGUGGUGAAGCAUGCACAGAUGGGGUAAAUGUACCUCCUCUAAUGGUUGCAAAUACAGGGAACAGUGGCCAUCCUGCAAUUUCAAGUCUAAAUUGCCCACCGUUUGUAGCAGUAGAGCUUUGCCGUGAACGUUUGGGAGUUAAUGCAUGUGAUAAGAGGCGAAGUAUUAGGGAAUAUCGCCCACUUUUUCCAGCGAUUGAUUUUUCACUGGUAGAAAAUGAUGAUGACAUUUUGUGGACGCCUGACAUUAGAGAGACGGAUGAGGACGUUGCCGAUAGGGGACAUAAGUUUUUGAAAUGGUUGUGGACACGUGAAGAGAAGGAGAUUGCAAUUGUCACCCACAGUGCAUUCUUGUUUCAAACCCUGAAAGCUUUUGGAAAUGAUUGUCAUCCAGUUGUUAAGAAUGAAAUAUGCCCAAAUUUUGCCAAUUGUGAACUCCGUUCAAUGGUCUUCAUAGAUAGGAGUGUGAUGGGAUCAGCUUCCUCGACGACUAACUAUCCUGGAAAAAUACCUCAUGGACUCGAUCUUCCCAGUGAUCUUGCCACUGAGAAGCUUCCAGAGAAAGGACUUGCAAACUAACUACAGCGUAGGUUGUAAUAACAAUAACCAAGAAGGAAUAGACACAAUACAUGUGAUUUAUGAUUCAAGUAUUUGUUGAGGCACUUCCAUUUUUAAUAUAUUUCUACAGAAGACAAGGCAUCCAUUUUUAGCAA